GGGCAUUAAUUGAUCAAAGUUACUUUUUAGAUUUUUGGGGGGCUAGGAAAAAAAAAUUGUGGAAUAUUGUCAUCUUAAAAUAAAAUGGAAAACAAGUGUACAUGUAAUGUAGGAGAAGGAAAUGAGUUAAAUGAAAAUUCAUCUCAUAAUUCAGAACUAGGUGUAGAUGACUCAUUAGCAGAUUCUGUAAAUGUUCAAGUAAAGCAAAUGACAGUCACUGCAGACUCAAAAGCAGAAGUUAAGAAAUCUGAGAAGGCAUUAGCCAGCAAUGACUGUGAGGAGAAUUUUGGUCACUCUGCUCGAACUCUCACCCCAGAGGAAAUCGCAAAACUGAAAAAAGAUGUGACCUGUGUGUCUGAUUUUAAACAGAACAAACUUGAAAAAGAGGCUCAGAAAAACUGGGACCUAUUCUACAAGAGGAACACCACAAAGUUCUUUAAGGACCGGCAUUGGACAAAGCGGGAGUUUGAUGAUCUGUGUCCAACUGAUACAGAGACAGGUCAGAGGAUUAUACUAGAGGUGGGCUGUGGGGUGGGGAACUUUAUCUGGCCACUGUUACAAGAGGACAAAUCGCUCUUCUUCUACGCCUGUGAUUUCUCUCCCAGAGCUGUUCAGUUUGUCAAGGAUAAUCCUGAGUAUGACUCGACUCGGUGCUGUGCCUUCCAGUGUGACCUCACUAAGGAUCAUCUGAGUGUGUCCAUCCCUCAGGACUCGGUAGAUGUAGUGUCUAUUAUCUUCGUCCUGUCAGCCAUACACCCAGACAAAAUGGAGGCAGCUUUAUCUAACAUUAUUAAGGUGAUGAAACCUGGAGGCAGUCUGUUAUUUAGGGACUAUGGUCUGUAUGAUUAUGCCAUGCUGAGGUUUGCGUCAGGUCAUAAGCUAUCAGAAAAUUUCUAUGUCAGACAGGAUGGGACCAGGGCCUACUACUUCUCUACAGACAGAGUGUUAGAUCUUGUGAAGAGAUGUGGAUUUGAUAUGACCUUGAGUCAGUGUGAGUACAUACAAAGAGAUACAGUCAAUAAAAAGGAGGAUCUAUGUGUCCCCAGGAUAUUUGUCCAGGGGAGGUUCAUCAAACCAAAGGCACCAGAACAAAGCUGAUUCAGGGUGUAUUUAUAGUGUUCCUCAAUUUAAAUAUUAAAAUGAAUCAGUUACGUAGAAGUCUCUACAAAAGUAAUGGAUGCAUUCUCAAAAGAUUUUUUCAUUUAUGCGACAGACAACUGAAUAAGAGAAAUUGCUCACAGAACUUGAAAACUUUUUAAAAUAUCUAUCAUGCUGUGUAAAAAAAAUAGAAUAAAUGUAUUAAUUUUGUUUAUUUUGCAUCAUUGUUAUUCUAAAGUACGUAAAAUCUGUUUAAGAGAUUUUUAACAU